AUGUUGCGCAACGACCGAUUAUCCGAGUUCGAAGCUCGCUCACGCAUCGAUGACCGGAGCCCAACAGAAAAGGUCCUUUCAAGCCCUCGUCAUUCGGCUCAUCGACCACCUCUCCGGGCACGACCUCAAACAUGGCAUCCUUAUGUGCCAGUUGAACCUCCAGUGGAUAUCUCAUCCUCACGGUCCAUUGGCGUGCAUGCGAUUCUCAACCCGCCGGUGCGAGGCAUGACCCCUCUGGAGAAGCCCAUUCGCCGCGAGCGAACAUCUCGAGCUAGCAUGUCUUCCACCUCCGCCAGGCUCGUCUCCCGCGCCUCUGUCAUCUAUGUCGCUAGCAUCUCAGCCCUUAUCGCCCAGGUCAUUACAACGAUCCGGAAGAAUUCCCGAGUCACCGUCUUCUUACUACUCUACCCCAGUGGGGAUGACGGCCUCCGCUCGCUCAAAGACAGCCCAAUCUCCAUUUCUCUCUCAGGAACCCCCAGUAAACUUUGGUCAGCAGCAGCAGCAGGUCCCCUUGCCAUCCCUCGUCGGCUCGCCAAUAUCUCACGAUACAGCAUUGCGACCUAUCGCCUCAUCACCAGUCCUGCAACCCUUGACGAGAAACUCACUCAAUUCACCAUCAAACGUUCUUUCCAGACACAUGAGCACCGGUCCCACUCCACGGGCCCAUCCUCAUUCUCUCGAAGCGAGUCCAUCGACGCCACAAUCGAUCUUCAGCCAUAUCGGACACGCUUCCCCCUAGUCGCAGGUGUUCCAAUAUCUUCUUCUACAGCGACAAGCUCUACACCAGCACCCUCGAACUACCCAAGACCUAAUCUGAUCGAUCGAGAAAUGCCCUCAACAGUGGUAACUCAUAGCAACUUGCCGGAUGAAAAACCUGGAACUCAAGCAAUGAUUCCAUGCUUACUAGACCUGAAAUCGGGUUCUUCUACCCAAGCCGAAAAACGGAAAGCCAACAGCGACGCUUCCCGGAGAUUCCGUAAUCGCAAGCGCAACGAAAUGCAACUGGAACAGCGACUUAAUACCCAACAGGAGGAGAUUCAACGUCAAGCGGAGACAAUCCGGCACCAGGCUGAAGAGAUUCGGUUCCUUGUGAGCCAGAGAGAUCACUACCGGGCGGAAAGAAAUUUCUUCAGGGAGGCCUCUGAGCGGUUGGAUGGCGCAAAGUACUCGUUACAGAGACCAUCAUCACCACGACCAAUACAUCUAAACAUGGUAUCGGGAAUGGACACACCCAAAUCGGGAACAGCUUCGAGUCCGACGUCAGUGAAGAGGGAACCUGCACCCAUGCGACUGUUGGAAUCGGUUCGAUCUCAAAGUGAGUGGGCAGCCUCCGAUGCUUCGUCCACGUUCUCUUCCCCUGCUGGGCCUAUCACUGGUUCAUCUGACCCUCAUCAUCCACCACCUCUUCACUACCCAUCUCAAUCUUCUACCGGUGAUAUCUCGCCGCGAACGAAUCCAGCAUCGAUGGCUGGCGUGUCUUUGGCACCACUGCAGAAACCUUGGUCGAGAUCUUGA